AUGAAAUAAAGAGAUGAGGAAGAGCAAUAGUUAAUGCCUAAAAUGGAAGCUUUUUAAAUUUUUAUAAAAACAAUAAUGGAAGUAUCAAAUCCGACCUCUACCUUUAGAAUAAUAUGGGAAUCAAUAAGCAUGUUAUUUAUUUUUGUAUAGAUGAUAUACAUUCCAAUGGCAUUAUCAUUUUCAAUAGAGAGUUAGGUUGGUAUGGAAAUUGUGAAUUAUAUAAUGGAUAUCUUUUUUGUUAUAGAUAUAACUCUUAAUUUUCGAUUGGCAUAUUAUGAAAAUGGAAAAUUGGAGUGUCGCCUUAAACAUAUAGCAUUGAAUUAUUUAAAAUUAUGGUUUUGGAUAGACGUGAUAGCAGUUCUUCCUUUUGAUCUCUUAAUAGGAAAUGAUAGUAAUUAAUCUACACAAAUAUUAAAGUUUGUUAGAUUGUUUAAAUUUAUUAAAAUUGUUCGGCUUCUAAGAGUACUAAAAUUGGGAAGAAUUUUGAUAAAAAUAGAAGAGACCUUCUCUAUUGAAUAAACACUUUAAGCGAUUAUAUAAUUCUUCAAAAUAGCUGCAAUGAUUCUCUGUAUUGCACAUUGGAUAGCUUGCAUUUGGAAUAUUAUAGAAUUCGUGGAUGAGCAAAUAGAACUAACUUGGAUGACCCAAUAUGGAAUCUAUGGGUCACCUUGGGAAGUUAAAUAUAUAACAGCAUUCUAUUUCAGCAUAACUACUAUGAUAACCUUAGGUUAUGGAGAUAUCAGUCCUAAUACAAAUUCAGAGAUGAUUUUUGGAAUUAUUGUUAUGGUUCUUUCCUCAGGGAUUUUUGGCUAUAGCAUGUCUAGUUUGAAGUAUAUUAUUCAAGGAGAAGAUUUGAAUAUUGCUGAAAUAAAGGAAUAGAAUUAAAAAAUAAUGAAGUAUAUUAAAUAGAAAAGCAUACCAAAAAAUUUAUAAAUGAGAGUGAAGAACUAUUUAGAAUGGUUAGAAGGAUCUGCGUAAGUGGCUAAAAACUCUUAGAUGUUAAUAUUAAACAAUUUAUCAUCAAAUCUACAUACUGAAGUUUUAACAUUAUUACAUGGUAGAAUUUUAUUAUAAGUAAAUUUGAUCAGCAAAGAAUUCUCCAAUUAAUUGACAAACAAACUAAUAUAUGUCUUGAAAGAGCAUCUCUUGGGUCCUGAAGAGUAUGUAUUUAAAGAGAAUUAAGUGGACAGUAAUUUAUUAUAUUUCAUCUAAAAUGGUCAAGUAGAGAUUUGCCUUACGAAAAGAGAAUUUUAAUUAAAGUUAUUGGGUAAAGGAGAUUAUUUUGGGGAAAUUAGUUUUUUCAGCAAAAGUCCCAGGACAGCUGGUGCUAGAACACUUGAUUUUGUUAAUUUAAUGAGUUUAAGUAGAAAGGAUUUGUUGGAAUAAGCACAUGAUUUAAAUUCUGAUUUAGAAAAGCUCUUCUAUAUUAAAAAUUGUGUAGAUGUCGACAAUUCAUUAAAGCCAUUGAGAUUGAGAUGUUACAUCUGUGAUAGACCGCAUCAUAUAGCAAGAAAUUGUACAAUAGUGCAUUAUAGAGUUAGAAGAUUGCAAGUCAUAGAAGAUUAUUUGAAAUAAAAAAACUAUAGAGUUAAGGAAUUUAAGAGAAGAUCUAAAAAAUGUUUGGUAUCUUCUUCUUAAAUUAUUUAUUCAAAAGCUGAUGCAUAAUUUAGAUAUAGAUUCUAAUAAUUAAAACAAAUAGUAAAAACUACAAAAUAUAUCCAAAUUCAAGAUGAAUCUGUUUUUGAUUCUUCAAAACUAUCCACAUAAAUUGAUGAUAAUAAUUUUUGCCUUGAUAAACAUAGGGAUUAUUUAGAAUUUUAUACUGAGUUCAAUCCAUCAAAAAUAAUUUCAGAUAUUAACAAAUAAUCAGAAUAGAGGCUAUCAGAAAUGAGAGAAGAAAAAGAAGAAAUAGCUAAUAAGUUUAGAUAAAAUUUGUUGAAUGGUAGGAAAUAUAAACAAUUAUAGAUUGCUCCUCCACGAUAAUCAAAAUUAUCAUAUGAUUUUUAGAAGAUUUUCUCAACUGAUAUAUAACAUAUUAUUUUUUCUGAGGAUUCCUCCAGUUCAUAAUCAUCAUCUAAUUUAUUAAUGCAAAAAAGUGGAAAAGGAAAACGACUUUUAGAUAUACAAACACAAAAAUAAUUAUUGUAUUUAUUUUGA